AGUACAAUGUCCACUUCCAGUAGCAAAAAUCCGUCCACUUCCUCGCUCAUUUCCCUAAACGAACGAGCAGUGAGCCCGAUUCUUGCCAGCUCGUCAAACACCUCAUGGGACCUGCAUGCAGAUGACUUCACCAAGGAGUUGUCCUGUUCCCUUUGCCUCGAACUGUUUAAAGAGCCGGUCAUUCUACCUUGCGGCCAUAACUUCUGCAAACCUUGUCUGGAGGCCAUCUGGAAUAAAAAGGGUGUUUUCUGCCCAGAAUGUCACGUCAACGUUCCUGAACGCAAGUUCAUAAUCAACCAAGCCUUGGAAAAGAUGGCGGAGAAGAUUAAGACUUUUCACAUAGGAGGCCAACAGCAGAAAUGCAUGGAGCAUGGCGAACCACUGACCCUUUACUGGAAGCCUCAAGGGAAAUUAGCUUGUUUCACUUGCCGAGAAGCUCAGAUGCCUAAGGAUCAAUGCUCUCAGUUUCUUCUCAUCCCUGAUGCAGUGCAGAUAUAUACGGAAAGGCUACUCACAUUGAGACUUCAGCUCAGGUCUAUCCUGGUAAAACUGGAUGUGUUGAAGAAUGCCCAGGAGGAGAAAAUAUCCAGUCAUAAAGAGAACAAAUUGCAGCUCCAGUACCAUAUUUCCUUGGAGUUCCUAAAGCUGCACCAGUUUCUUCACACCAAGGAGAAAAUGUUAAUUCAUCGGUUAAAGGAAGAGAGUGAAAUCCUCCUGCAGGAAAUGGAAGGAAACCUAAACAAACUCCAAGACAGAUCACAGAUUGCGAAGGACACCUUGGUCUGCAUUCAGGCUCGGCUGUACCAGCAAAAUUCUGCGGGUUUCCUAAAAGGAAUAAAGCCAUUUGUAGACCGGAUGGAACAGAAAACUGACAAUUCGUCUAUGGGAGAAUUAGUGACUGGGACGCUCAACCCUGGAGAAUUCAAGGGCCCCAUGCAUUAUACCAUAUGGAAAGAAAUGAGAACUAUCCUUAAUCCAGACAUCACCUUCGUGACUCUGGAUCCUAAAACAGCCCACCCCAACUUGAUCCUCUCCGAAGGGUUGACCUGCGUCUGGCAUAACGACAUGAAGCAGAUUCUUCCAGAUAUUCCAGAAAGAUUUGACUGCAGUGUUUCGGUCUUAGCUUCUGAAGGAUUCACCACCGGGAAGCACUAUUGGGAAGUGGAAGUGAAGAAGAAGACCAAGUGGACCUUGGGAGUUGUUCGGGAAAGCGUUAACCGGAAAGGGAAUUAUCCCCUGUCACCCAAGGAGGGCCACUGGUUGAUCAAGCUGAGGAAUAAGAAUGAGUUAAAGGCUGUAGAUGUCUACCCCAAAUGUCUAACCUUGUUUGGCAAUCUGUGCAGAGUGGGGAUCUAUUUGGAUUACGAGGAGGGCCAGGUAUCCUUUUAUGAGGCCAUGGCCAUGUCUCACCUCUACACCUUCACGGACACUUUCACCGAGAAGGUGUACCCCUACUUUUGCCCGUGUCUGAACGACUCUGGAGAGAACAAGGAACCACUGAGAAUCAUUGCUUUUGAUAUGUAG